ACCAUUCCAGUUGUUUACCCAAAUCAUUUUGGCGAAGGAAGUAAAGCCUGUAGGGUAGGAUUUUUGAAUAGUUUCUUACAACACAACUGUCCACCUUCUAUUUAGCAAAAAUGCUAGGGGUACACCAAAAGUGUACCCCAAAUGUACACCACCCCCUCCAAUUACAGAUUCUUCAAAUUGAAUAGAUUCUUACAAAUAAUGGAAAGAAACAGAUUCUUACAAUGGUUUCUUACAAAAAAUUGAACAGAUUCUUCAAUUAUUGUUCAGUGGAUUCUUCAGAAACACCAGGUGAAACAAUUAGAUUAGAAGUUAAAUCAGUUUUAGAGAAGUCAUUAUAUCAUAGAGAAAUAAAAUCAGGUGAAAGGAAAUAUGAUAUCACCUGGAAUGGUGCUGACGGAAUCUGCCAAUUGCCGAUUGUUCCGAAGUGCCGACUUCCGAUUGUUCGGAAGUGCCAAACUUCUGAUUGGAGAGGGCGAGAGUGGAAUCCGUCUGGAGAGUGGAGAUUGUUGGAAGAAGAUGAUGGAGAAGAAGAUUGGAGAGGAAGAGAAUCAAAUCAGGGACGGCGAGUGGGCUCUGUUGCGCAACUGGAUGCUUAGGAAACGUAAAAGAGAAGAUGAGAUCUAAGGCAGCCGCUGUGAAGUGUAACAGUGUGUUUGGUUUGAGGUAAGGGGAGGUAGGGUGAGGUUAGAUUUACAACCUACCUUGUUUGGGAGAAAAAAAUGAGUCAGAUAAGAGGAGGUGAAGGGAGGUAACCUUACCUCUUAGCACCUCUUAACAGUGUAAAUUUGGCUACCGCAUUUUAGGCGAUAAACCAAGGUCAAUCCAAAUUUUUCCGUGUCUGCCCUCCUCUGCUUCGCCUCCAGCCGGACGAAGCUCCCUGCAAUUAGCUUUCCAACUCCUCAUCCGAAGCAGAUUUCAGAGAACAACAACGACCUAGUGUAAUCCCAACUAUGUUGAGGUCUGGGUUCAAGAGGUACGCAGUCUAACCC